AUGGCUACAACCUCAACCCACAUCUUCUUCCACGGCGGCCCCCUCUCAAACUGGCACCCCAGCACGCCGCGCUUCCCAGGCCACAGAGCCCUGUCCUUGUGUCUACCGGACCUGGACGCCCUGGGGAUCCCGCACCCUGCGCCAAACGCGGCCGUCUCACGCCUGAUCAGCUCAUGGUCAUUCAGCUGCGGCGAGCAAUGGAUGAUGGCGAUGAAGGGGUGGUUAUUUGAAGAGAUCCCCGGGUUGGAUUCAGGGGUUGAUAUCUCGGAGGACGAGUUUGAAGCUGUGAGGGCCGUGGCUGUGGGUGACUCUGAGCCAUCGCCGGAGUGCCCCCGGGAGAGGGCGAUUUGGGACUCAACGGUUGCGAGUGUGUUGAGGACGACGCAGCCGAGGGUGCAGAAGGCGUUGGGGCGCGCUGCGGAGGGGUUCCGGGAGGAUGUUUGGGAAUAUGCCAGUGAAGUGAUUGUUACAGCUGGAUGUGUGGCGAGGGCGGAGGUGGAUUCGGCGCUGAAGGAGGUGUAUCUUGCGAAUGGGGGACGGAGGUUUGUGGAGGGCAGUGUGAGGGAUCGUGUUUGGGGGGUUGGCUUGAGGUGGGAUUCGGUUGAGAUUCAGGAUGAGGCGAAUUGGAAGGGUAGGAAUCGGUUGGGGAGGUGUCAUGAUGAGGCGGCGAGGGUUGUCAGGCUAGAUGGGUAG